GGCAGAGGAGGUGGUGAACACUUCACUGUACGUGCAGGCCUGUAGGAAACCCGCACGAGCUCCUCCAGAAGAAGAAGCGCGCAUUUUUCCCACCCUCACAUUUUCAUCUUUAUCGGACUCCGUCAGCGGGAAGACUGUCCACCAUGUCAUCCAUACUGGGAACGGUCGUCAAACAAGUCAAAAGCCAUCCAGCUCUCAUCCCGCUCUUCAUCUUUAUUGGUGGAGGCGCAACAAUGAGCAUGAUGUACCUGGGUCGCCUGGCUCUGAAAAACCCUGAUGUCUCAUGGGAUCGCAAGAACAACCCUGAGCCCUGGAACAAUAUGGCACCUGAUCAGCAGUACAAACUUUUCACAGUUAACAUGGACUACUCCAAGAUGAAGAAGGACAGGCCUGACUUCUAAGUCAUCAUGUCUUUAUGCCUCUAUGACGUAUCGUCAGUGUAAGAAGCCUUUGCACUUUUUGCCAAACACAAACAAGCCCAGACUGCUGAAUGAAGGUGGCAUCACACACUGUACUGCACUCAUUUAGCCAGUUUAUUUCCAAUGUAAGGGGAAAGGGAUCAUACACUUAUCUAUGACUGUAAGAAAUAAAACAGGCAACCACCUGUUUUACUAAAUGAUUAAUUUAUUUUAGUCUAUGCUGUAAAUUAUUAAAACCAUUUCAAUCGGA